GAUCCGAACCCAAGUUUUAAAACCUUUUCACCGACUAUGGCGUCUACUCUCCUCACUGCGAAGCUCUUGCUUCGGCUCCUCUCCAAAUCUUUCUUCCAAUUAUCUUCGGUUUACUAUAUUUACAUUUCCCGCCAACCGUUCUGGAAGUUUGCAGGUUUGUUCAUUUUCUUCAGGAAAGAACAUCUGUCACCUAAAGCUUGAACACAUCGCUAUGGCGUCUUCUGAUGGUAUGCGUCUCUUUCUUUGGAUUCUCUAAUUCUUGAUUCCUAAUUCUUUUGGGUUCUUGGGGAUGGGUUUUAUAAAAUGGAAUUAGAGAGUUCCCCCUACCUUCAUUUUAGGACUGUAUACUGGUUUCAUUUAGUUUCAGAAACUGUUACAAUAAGGAGACGAGUGAACAGUAUUAACCUUUUAGGACUUCAUCUGUUGUGAGAUCGUUGAAAAUUUUAUUUGGAGGGUCAUGGAUAAGAUUCUAUUACAUGCCUUAUCAAAGGCUAUGUUUUGAGCAGUUCUGAGAAAUUACAUCAUUCCUGGCUAGGUUGAUGCUUAAUGUCACAAUCCGCAAUGAGAUCAACCACCAUAACAAAACUACUCAAGUUAAGCAGUCCACAUCUUUUCCUGAUAAAGAAUUGUUCAGACAUGAAAGAAUUAAUGAAGUUCCACUGCCAGUUUAUCACUAAUGGGCUUUCCAAUGAAACCAUCUUUCUCAGCGCCCUUCUCUCCUUCUCUGCAAUCUCUGCUGCUGGGGACUUGGGUUAUGGUCGAUUUAUUUUCAAUCACAUAGAUUCACCCAACGUGUUCAUGUUCAAUACCAUGAUUAGAGGCUAUGCUUGGAGUGCUACGCCUCAUGAAGCCAUUUCUCUUUAUAUUCAUAUGCUCCAUUCUGGAUUAUUUCCUAAUAAGUACACUUUCCCAGUCGUGGUCAAAGCCUCAUCAAGAAUUAUAGACCCAAUUGGUGGAAAAGCCAUCCACGGUUCCAUAAUCAAGUUCGGUUACUGUUCAGAUGUCUAUGUUUUGAAUUCCCUCAUGCAUAUGUACGAGAGUCUUGGGUUGUCAAAUGCAAUCAUCUACCUAUUUGCUGAAAUUUCUGAACCAGAUGUAGUGUCGUGGAAUGUUGUUAUUGAUAAUUUUGCCCAACACGGUUGCCUUAAUGAGGUCUUGACUGCAUUCACUGAAAUGUGUUGUUCUGGGGUUGAACCAAACGCAGUUACAGUUCUUGGUCUCAUCUCUGCCUGCUCCAAAUCACAGAACUUGUAUCUGGCAAAGUUGAUCCAUGGAUACAUUAUGAAGAAAGAUUUGCAGAUUACUCCGAAUCUUGAAAACGGUUUACUUGAUAUGUAUGUAAAAGUUGGAGAUGUCGAUUCUGCUGGAAGACUGUUCAAUAGGAUGCCUGAGAAAUCAGUCAUCACUUGGACCUCCAUGAUUGAUGGUCUUGUGCAAAAUGGGGAGGUGGAAAAUGCACGUUUGUUAUUUGAUCAGAUUCCAAGCAGGGACACCACAUCUUGGAAUGCGAUGUUGAAUGGUUUUAUAAAGGCCGGAGACUUGACCUCUGCAGAACAGCACUUCAAUGUAAUUCCUGAGAAGGAUUUGGUGUCAUGGAACAGCAUAAUUGUUGGGUUUGUUCAAAACAAGAGGUAUGUGAAUGCCUUGUACCUUUUCCGGGAAAUGCGAGUUUCAGGAGUGAAGCCGGACCGAGUAACAGUUGUAAGUGUGUUAUCUGUGGGUGGGUUUCUAGGUGCUCUGGACCAUGGUGAGAUGAUUCACUCAUAUAUGGAGAAACAGAACAUAAAAGAGGAAGAGGUUGAGGUGGCGCUAAUGGAUAUGUACUGCAAGUGUGGGGCUCCACAGGAAGCUGUAAGGAUGUUCCAUGGAAUGCUUAGGAAGACUGUGUUGGCUUGGAGUGCCAUAAUUGUUGGCUUGGCCAUGAACAGCCUUGCCAAGGAUGCUCUGGAUUUCUUCUCUCAGAUGAAGAACGCAGGAAUAAAACCAAAUGAGAUAACAUUCAUUGGUGUUCUAUGUGCUUGCAGUUAUGCUGGCUUAGUUGAACAAGGUCGGUGGUUCUUCAAUGCAAUGAACCAGGUGUAUGGCAUCCAGCCGAGAUGUGAACAUUAUGGGUGCAUGGUCGACAUUCUAGGCCGUGCAGGGCUUCUGAUCGAAGCCGAGAUGUUGAUUCAGAGCAUGCCCAUGAUACCUGAUGCCGGUGUCUGGGGAGCCCUACUUGGUGCAUGUAAGCUUCAUGGUGAGGUUCCCAUGGCCGAAAGGGUGGCCAAAAUCCUAACUGAAAUUGACUCAUAUCACUCUGGGCGUUAUGUUCUUCUCUCCAACAUCUAUGCUUCACAAAAGAGAUGGCAAGAUGUGGAGAAUGUGAGAGAGAUGAUGAAAGCCCGUGGAGUCCGGAAGAAACCUGGUUUCAGUCUGAUUGAGCUGCGAGGUAAGAUGCACCAAUUUCUGGUAGGGGAUACAUCGCACCCUGACACCCAACAGAUAUAUUUCAUGUGGGAGGAGAUCAGUAAGAGACUGAAAGAUGCAGGAUACAGACCAGACACAUCUCAAGUGUUGUUCGACAUAGAUGAUGAAGAGAAGGAACAUGCAAUCUCCUACCAUAGCGAGAAGUUGGCCAUUGCUUUGGGGUUCCUGAGGGGAGGCCCCAGGUCUGCCAUUAGAGUUGUGACAAACCUUCGUGUGUGCUAUGAUUGCCAUUCUGCCGCUAAGUCAAUCUCAAAGGGGUUACUGGUGAAAGUAUAAAAUCUAGAGCUGUGUUUGAUAUGCAUUGUUGGAAUUCAUUCUAGGUCCAGAACACAUUCUGAGGUAAUAAAAUAGUGUUUGGUAUCUAUUCUCGUUCUUGGGCCUUAUAAUGCAUUAGAGACUGCGAACGUGCCGUCUGAAACAUUCCACGUUCUGAGAUUAGAACAAAAUCUUCUUUCUCAGAGCCCAACAUAUCCUUGAGGAUGAGAAGAUCCUGUGGGUGAGCUUCAGCCUGAAAGAAGAACUAUGGUUCCUGCAAAGCACUUGAACUGAUCUCGACUUCAAGAUUCAAGAUCAGAUUUGUGCUCUCUCUCUCUCUCUCUCUCAUCUCUAUUGAUUUGUAUGCUGUGCAAAUCAAUCACUAUUUGGUAGCAAGUGUUGGAAAAAGGGGAUAAGCUGUAUUUUUGUUGGUUUCAUUUUGCUUUCAUCUCAUUGUUUUAGGGUUUCGUUGUUGGAGCCUGUGAGGUAGCUGAAGCUGAAAAGAACCUGUGAUACAUGCAAAGCGCAAGGCGUCCAAUUCAGCCAAUCUCUUCCUCAGGGUCAGAUUUCUGCUUUCUUUCCUAUAUGGAGCCAAACAUUCCUUCUAUUCAGUCUCCUGGCCAUGGUUACUGGUGCAAGCUUGCAACAGAGUAACAUAUAUGCACAUGCAUUUUGAUGUAUGAAUUUUAAGCUUAAUGCAGUAAAAGAACAAAGGGCCUAAAACAGGGAGCACCUUCAGUGUUUGAACCAGUUGAUUAAACCUGUACAUUAAAUUGGACGGUUCACCUGCUUUUAGUUUGAACUAAAUACUACAUUGGUCAGCUUCAUUCUUCGGAAUAGGCAUUGGUUAGGUAUCAAUUCCAUUGAUGGUUUGGGCAAGUGUAUCUGAACUUAUCCAAACCCAAGGGAUGUCAUAUUCAAUCUGGACGCCAAGAUGGGGUACUUGUGUACAUGACUCCAAUUAUAGCUGACCUCAGUCCCUGCAAUUUAGGAUAAGAAAGGAUCUGCACUUGACCCUUGUGUUGAAUAGGGAGAAAAAGUUAAAAUUGGAGCUUAGCUUUGUUAAAUAUACAGCUCUGUUAAAUAGGGAGAAUGAAGAGUUCAAGGUUUGGUUGAAGAAAAAUAUGGAAAUCAUCUAAGUGACUCUAUCCCCACAGCCUUGUAGUGUAGACAAGGUGGGCACUGGGCAGCAACACUACACUUUACAAGUACCUCUAAGAUACAAACACUGGUGAUGAAUCUGGUAUCCCGGUUCAGCAUACUGAUAGUGACUCAGAAGAUGAUGCUGUGUAUUCUAAAUUACAUUGAGAUGGCAGCUUAUGUGACAAAUUGGAGGAGUCAACAGCUGGCAUAUUCAGUGAAGAUGGUUCUUUCAGAAACAGAAACUCAAUAAUCCAUCUUUCAGUGCAACUCACAAGGUUCUUCAAUUGAGAUGGCAUUUGGUUUGCUGACAAGCCAGAAUCAGGUCGAUGAUUCUCGUGGGACUGACUUGCCCUCUGCAUCUGAGAUAUUGGAAGAUUGGAAGGAAAGCGGGAAAAACGAUGGUAUUUGCUUACCACCCAAAAGCUGGCUGUAAGUGAUCCCAAGAAUUCCUGAAUUUCCGGAUCAGUUGUUGAUAUCAGGUGGCCAUGUUGUUUAUAGCCUGCUUUGAUGGUAACAAAGUGAACUGUCUUAUAGACUCUUAGGUAUAAAUUUUGGGUCUACUGUGAGGAAAGCUCAGCUUAAUUCCUGCAUUCUAUACGGAGAAUGAAAGUCUCAAACAAUUAAUUCUUUCCAAUUCCAA